AGCAAAAACCAGGAGGGACGUGGAAAAAGAGAAAAGGUGUGGUGAUGGAGAAAUUGUCAGGAAGUCCCCCUGGUCCAGAUUCGUCUGGAAGUCCCCCUGAUCCAGGUACGUCUGGAAGCCCCGCUGAUCCAGAUUCAUCUGGAAGUCCCAGUGAACCAGAUUCGUCUGGAAUUCUCCCUGAUCCAGAUUCAUCUGGAUGUCCCCCUGAUCCAGUUCCCUCCCUCCCCUCUGCGAUGCCGAGCCAUGUCUCGGCAUUCCCCACCGGGCCGCACAGAGAUCCAUUGUGUGAGUGGGCUUGCAAGGUGGCCAGCGCACAGUGGAGGCAGUCACAUUCACCAACCCAGGAAACUCUGCUGGAGUCACCCUAGGAUGCUACAAAUGGA